GACAUAUUAUAAUGACUUGUUCUGAAAUAAUUAUUUGUGAACGAAGCAUUAGAGUUGCCGGAUAAGUUAGAUAUAAAAUAUGUAUAUAUUCUAAAUAUGCCUUGUGAAUGUGAUCGAAAAACGAAACGUAAUUAUUACAGAUAUUAUGAUACCCCGGAUGGAUGUGAUGUAAUGAAAAAGACGCUGGUGACCACCCGUUACGGAGUCAUAACAGGACUGAUUAUGUCCACAUAUGAUGUACUGAUGUACUCUCAAGCGGUUGGCUUCAAGGCAGUUAUGAAACGAUACAUGUUGCAUACGAUACCUCUCGGCCUGAUGGGUGCUACUUUCGCUCUGGUCGCCAAUGGAGCGCAGAUACUCAGAGAAAAGGAUGACAGACUGAAUUAUUUCUUGGGUGGUCUAGCCUGCGGUCCAAUUUUAGGGCCAUACAUCGGUUCGUACCACGCCGUUCUUCUGGGAGGAAUAUUUCUAGGAGUUGUCGGUAUGGUAAAGAAAGACGGCGUCGACUGCGGUCACGUGUUCAUUCCUGAUGUACCCAAUCACAUGAACACGAUUAGGAGCUGGAGACAUGAUUUUACUCUGCGCAAAGAUCCGCUUGACGAUUUAAAACACACAUGCGGGAAGUAAGCAAGGCACGUGAAGAAUGAGAUGUUCCGAAAAAGAAUUCAAUGGAAUAAACGUGUCGAACUGUUGGUUUAUUAAAUGUAUUUAUUCUAGGGCUCUUUAA